GCGUCCGCCGCACGCAGGCUGCACGGCCCCGGCGCGCCCGCGCUCCGACCGGCUCUCGGCGCGUCGCCGGGUCGUCUGCUCGCCCGGCACUGCUCGCCCCAGUUCCCAGGAGCUGGGAUGCAGAUGCUGCCGCUGGUCCUGGUGGGCGCCGCCGCUGCCGCUACCGGCUUUUCCCGUACUGGUCGUUGCCUCCGCUCCCGCAGCUGCCGCUGCUGCCGCCUGUGACUCGCUCCCUCCCCUUUCUUUCUUCUCUUUUAGCCUCCGUCCUCUUUCUCCGGGUGUGCGCGCGCGCCGGUGGCACGGUUGGCUUUGGCCGGAGCUCGCUCGCGUGUGCGCGUGUGUGAGUGUGCGUGUCUGGAGAGCGCCAGAGCCCUGCUCGCUCUCGGGGAGUCGAAGAAGAUACAGGACCGACGAGGCGGCGGCGGCGCGAAGCCCGGGGCCGCGCGAUGAAGCUCCCACAUGCUCGCAGCUGCCCGGCCCGGCCGGCGAGCUAAUCAGCCACACUCCGGGCUCUGGGCUCCGCGGCCCCCGGGACGCAGCCCUCGGCUGCCCGGCGCCCGCUCCGCCCGCGCGUCCCCGCUGUGCACCCGGGAAGGAGUUUGUGUGGCCCUGGCUCCAGCUCUCUGCGCAGGUUGUGGACUCGAGAGGAGACCCUCGGCGGGGAGACAACCUCGGGAGGAGGAGGAGGAGGGUUUGGCGGAGAAGAAGCCACCCCUGGCCCUCGCGGCUCCCCCUACCUUUUCCCUCGCUCCCGCACUCAGCCGGAAAGGGGAGGACGAGGAAGAAAAAGAAAAAGAAAGGGGGUGGGGUGGGAGAACUGGAUAUAAAGAUCGGCUGGGGGGAUGGUGGAACAUUUUUGGUCUCUCCAGAAGCGUCUUUUCUUAAGCGGCAGCGGCAGCGGGAGGAAAAGCAGCCCCAGCUAUGACUGCCGCAUGUUAAUAGCUGCCGCUUGGGUCCCUCGGCUGCUGCUGGAGACAGAGCCUGACUCCGAAGUUGUGCAACUGUGGACUGGAAGAGACAUUUGAACCCUCCACCCCCUUUGCUCCGUUUUUACCCCCUUGGUGUGUGUGAAGAGAGGAAACGUAAAGGAAGACAAACAUUUGGAUUUUGCUCCCCCCCCCUUCCCUUUUCUUCAUGGCUGUGUAGCAGAAGAAAGGGGGAAGGAAAGACUUUUUGUUGUUUCCUUGGCUGGGGUCUCUACCCUCCUGCUGCCUUCUCUGCGCUUUGGCUAUCAUUCUUGGACGCGUGCGGUGGGGGUGUCUUCGCUGGGGCCGCUCGGUCUUUUGCCCCGAGCUCCAUGGCUGGAUUGUGGAAACUGCACCGGGCUGCAGGUUGUUGACCAACUGAUGGGACGAUCUCAGGGACCGGCGGUUACGAAAGAAAUGUUUAAAUGUUCAGUAAAUCGGAGGAAAAAAACAUGGAUUUUUAGCAACUGAAGAGCAAAUUAAGGAUUCAGAUUUGGGAUAUUGGUGUUUCUGUUUUGAAGAAUAUUUCCUUUUGAGCUUUUUUUUUUUUUUAAUCAUCGGUCUUGGACUACAGAAGAAUCAGAAAGACACUUAUUUUGUUUCAAGUUUGGAACACUCACUCUUGAGGCGCUCUCAUGCCUGAGAACAUGACCAUGUGGCCAUCACAGCUACUAGUCUUCAUGAUGCUCUUUGCACCGAUAAUUCAUGGUGGCAAGCACAGUGAGCGACAUCCAGCCCUUGCUGCUCCACUGCGACAUGCUGAGCGCAGCCCAGGAGGCGCUCUACCUCCCAGACAUCUCCUUCAGCAGCCAGCUGCGGAGCGCGCCACUGCUCAUCGUGGACAAGGGCCCCGUGGAGCUGCCAGAGGAGUUCGUGGUCCAGGUGCCCAAGGAGCUCAGAUCUCAGCCCAAGCUUUCAGCCGUGCCCCAAUUCCGAUGGCUGUGGUCCGCAGAGAGCUCUCCUGUGAGAGCUACCCCAUAGAACUCCGCUGUCCAGGAACAGAUGUCAUCAUGAUUGAAAGUGCCAACUAUGGGAGGACUGAUGACAAAAUUUGUGACUCUGACCCUGCUCAGAUGGAGAAUAUACGAUGCUAUCUGCCUGAUGCCUAUAAGAUUAUGUCUCAAAGGUGCAAUAACAGAACCCAGUGUGCAGUGGUGGCAGGUCCUGAUGUUUUUCCAGACCCAUGUCCGGGAACCUAUAAAUACCUUGAAGUGCAGUAUGAAUGUGUCCCUUACAUUUUUCUUUGUCCUGGACUACUAAAAGGAGUAUACCAGAGUGAACAUUUGUUUGAGUCCGACCACCAAUCUGGGGCAUGGUGCAAAGACCCUCUGCAGGCUUCUGACAAGAUUUAUUAUAUGCCCUGGACCCCCUACAGAACUGAUACCCUGACUGAGUACUCAUCCAAGGAUGACUUCAUUGCUGGAAGGCCAACUACAACCUACAAGCUCCCUCACAGGGUGGAUGGCACAGGAUUUGUAGUGUAUGACGGAGCUUUGUUCUUCAAUAAAGAGCGCACCAGGAACAUAGUAAAGUUUGAUUUGCGGACUAGGAUAAAGAGUGGAGAGGCUAUCAUAGCAAAUGCCAAUUACCAUGAUACCUCCCCUUACCGUUGGGGAGGCAAAUCUGACAUAGACCUGGCAGUGGAUGAGAAUGGGCUAUGGGUAAUCUAUGCAACAGAACAAAACAAUGGUAAAAUUGUCAUUAGUCAGUUGAACCCUUACACCCUGCGGAUUGAAGGGACAUGGGAUACUGCAUAUGAUAAAAGGUCAGCUUCCAACGCAUUUAUGAUAUGUGGGAUUCUGUAUGUGGUCAAAUCUGUAUAUGAGGAUGAUGACAAUGAGGCCACAGGGAAUAAGAUUGACUACAUUUACAACACCGACCAAAGUAAGGAUAGUUUGGUGGAUGUACCCUUUCCCAAUUCAUACCAGUACAUAGCAGCUGUGGAUUACAAUCCCAGGGACAACCUUCUUUAUGUAUGGAAUAACUAUCACGUCGUGAAAUAUUCUUUGGAUUUUGGACCUCUGGAUAGUAGAUCAGGACAGGCGCAUCAUGGACAGGUACCGUACAUCUCUCCACCAAUUCACCUUGACUCUGAGCUAGAAAGACCCCCUGUUAGAGAUAUCUCUACCGCAGGACCUCUUGGCACGGGAAGCACCACCACCAGUACCACCCUUCGUACUACAACUUGGAACCCAGGCAGGAGUACCACCCCAUCGGUGUCAGGAAGAAGAAACCGGAAUACCAGCACCCCAUCUCCAGCAGCUGAGGUACUUGACGACAUUACCACACACCUUCUGUCAGGAUCGUCCCAAAUUCCAGCUCUGGAAGAAAGCUGUGAGGCUGUGGAAGCUCGAGAAAUCAUGUGGUUUAAGACCCGUCAAGGACAGAUGGCAAAGCAGCCGUGCCCUGCAGGAACUAUAGGAGUAUCAACUUACCUAUGCCUGGCUCCUGAUGGAAUCUGGGAUCCCCAAGGACCAGACCUUAGCAACUGUUCUUCUCCUUGGGUCAGCCAUAUAACACAGAAGUUGAAAUCUGGAGAGACAGCUGCCAACAUUGCUAGAGAACUGGCUGAACAGACAAGAAAUCAUUUGAAUGCUGGAGAUAUCACUUAUUCAGUCCGGGCCAUGGAUCAGCUGGUAGGCCUCCUAGAUGUACAGCUCCGGAACUUGACCCCAGGUGGAAAAGAUAGUGCUGCACGAAGUUUGAACAAGCUUCAGAAAAGAGAGCGCUCUUGCAGAGCCUAUGUCCAGGCAAUGGUCGAGACAGUUAACAACCUCCUCCAGCCACAAGCCUUGAAUGCCUGGAGAGACCUGACUACAAGUGAUCAGCUACGUGCAGCCACCAUGUUGCUUGACACUGUGGAGGAAAGUGCUUUUGUGCUGGCUGAUAACCUUUUGAAGACUGACAUCGUCAGGGAGAACACAGACAAUAUUCAAUUGGAGGUUGCAAGGCUGAGCACUGAAGGAAACUUAGAAGACCUAAAGUUUCCAGAAAACAUGGGUCAUGGAAGCACUAUCCAGCUCUCUGCAAAUACUCUAAAACAAAAUGGCCGAAAUGGAGAGAUCAGAGUGGCCUUUGUCCUGUAUAACAACUUGGGUCCUUAUUUGUCCACGGAGAAUGCCAGCAUGAAGUUGGGAACAGAGGCUAUGUCCACCAAUCAUUCUGUUAUCGUCAAUUCCCCAGUUAUUACAGCAGCAAUAAACAAAGAAUUCAGUAAUAAGGUUUAUUUGGCUGAUCCUGUGGUGUUCACUGUUAAACACAUCAAGCAGUCUGAGGAAAACUUCAAUCCUAACUGUUCAUUUUGGAGCUAUUCCAAGCGCACAAUGACAGGUUAUUGGUCAACCCAAGGCUGUCGGCUCCUGACAACAAAUAAGACACAUACUACAUGCUCUUGUAACCACCUAACCAAUUUUGCAGUACUGAUGGCACAUGUGGAAGUUAAGCACAGUGAUGCGGUCCAUGACCUUCUUCUGGAUGUGAUCACAUGGGUUGGAAUUUUGCUGUCCCUUGUUUGUCUCCUGAUUUGCAUCUUCACAUUUUGCUUUUUCCGUGGGCUCCAGAGUGACCGUAACACCAUCCAUAAGAACCUCUGCAUCAGCCUUUUUGUAGCAGAACUGCUCUUCUUGAUUGGGAUCAACCGAACAGAUCAACCAAUUGCCUGUGCCGUUUUUGCUGCUCUCUUACAUUUCUUCUUCUUGGCUGCCUUCACGUGGAUGUUCCUGGAGGGAGUGCAGCUCUAUAUCAUGCUGGUGGAGGUUUUUGAGAGUGAACAUUCACGAAGGAAAUACUUUUACCUGGUCGGCUAUGGGAUGCCUGCGCUCAUUGUGGCUGUGUCAGCUGCAGUAGACUAUAGGAGUUAUGGAACAGAUAAAGUAUGUUGGCUCCGACUUGACACCUACUUCAUUUGGAGUUUUAUAGGACCAGCGACCUUGAUAAUUAUGCUUAAUGUAAUCUUCCUUGGGAUUGCUUUAUAUAAAAUGUUUCAUCACACUGCCAUUCUGAAACCUGAAUCGGGCUGUCUUGAUAAUAUCAACUAUGAGGAUAACAGACCCUUCAUCAAGUCAUGGGUUAUAGGUGCAAUAGCUCUUCUCUGCCUAUUAGGAUUGACCUGGGCCUUUGGACUCAUGUAUAUUAAUGAAAGCACAGUCAUCAUGGCGUAUCUCUUCACCAUUUUCAAUUCUCUACAGGGAAUGUUUAUAUUCAUUUUCCAUUGUGUCCUACAAAAGAAGGUACGAAAAGAGUAUGGGAAAUGUCUGCGAACACAUUGUUGUAGUGGCAAAAGUACAGAGAGCUCCAUUGGCUCAGGGAAAACAUCUGGUUCUCGAACUCCUGGGCGGUACUCCACAGGCUCACAGAGCCGAAUUCGUAGGAUGUGGAAUGACACGGUCCGAAAGCAGUCAGAGUCUUCCUUCAUUACUGGAGAUAUAAACAGUUCAGCAUCACUCAACAGAGGAGCCAUGGCUAAUCAUCUUAUAAGCAAUGCUCUGCUUCGUCCGCAUGGUACUAACAAUCCCUAUAAUACAUUGCUUGGGGAACCGGCGGUCUGUAACAACCCUUCUGUCAGCAUGUACAACGCACAAGAGCCCUACAGAGAGACAAAGGGGCUUCUGAACAAUGCCAGGGAUACAAGUGUCAUGGAUACUCUACCACUGAAUGGUAACCAUGGCAAUAGUUACAGCAUUGCCAGUGGCGAAUACUUGAGCAACUGUGUGCAAAUCAUAGACCGUGGCUAUAACCAUAACGAGACCGCCCUAGAGAAAAAGAUUCUGAAGGAACUCACUUCCAACUAUAUCCCGUCUUACCUGAAUAACCAUGAGCGCUCCAGCGAACAGAACAGGAAUCUGAUGAACAAGCUGGUGAAUAACCUGGGCAGUGGGAGUGAAGAUGAUGCCAUUGUCCUGGAUGAUGCCACCUCCUUUAACCAUGAGGAGAGUCUGGGCCUAGAACUUAUUCAUGAGGAAUCUGAUGCUCCUUUGCUGCCCCCAAGAGUUUACUCCACAGAGAACCACCAGCCACAUCAUUACACCAGAAGGCGGAUCCCCCAAGACCACAGUGAGAGCUUUUUCCCUUUGCUAACCAACGAGCACACAGAAGAUCUCCAGUCACCCCAUAGGGACUCUCUCUACACCAGCAUGCCGGCACUGGCUGGUGUGCCCGCCGCAGAGAGCGUUACCACCAGCACCCAGACCGAACCCCCACUGGCCAAAUGUGGUGAUGCCGAAGAUGUUUACUACAAAAGCAUGCCAAACCUAGGCUCCAGAAACCACAUCCAUCAGCUGCAUACCUACUACCAGCUAGGCCGCGGUAGCAGUGAUGGAUUUAUAGUUCCUCCAAACAAAGAUGGGACCCCUCCAGAGGGGAGUUCAAAAGGACCUGCUCAUUUGGUCACUAGCCUAUAGAAGAUGACAGAAAUUUAAGCCAACAAAACUGCUAACACCUGGUUGACUGUUCUGAGUUGAUAUAAGCAGUGGUAAUAAUGUGUGUACUCCUAAAUAUGCUGUUCUUAAACGACAAACACAAACUCUCAGACUUCUUUUUUCUUUUUUUUUUUUUUUAAACUGGGAUUUUUUUAGGUCAGCCCAGGGGAGAAAGAUCAUUGCUGAAAUUCCCCUGUGCCAGCUUCUUUCCUGUCCUUCCCCCCUCAGAUGGAGACUUCAUUAUGUUAAUGAACGAGAUUUGAAGAAGAUGGCGCUCAUUGUGGCCUUGUUGAAUUAUGUUGUGUUUGUUCUAACAUCUCUGAUGCUCUGUUACUAUAAUUACAAGGACCUGAUUUUUUAAAAGGCCAGAACACUUGUUUGAAAAUUAGUAACAAUGCUGCAUCUAGAUUGGAGUGCUGCACAAACAUAAAAUCAAAGCAAACUAUCACAUAGUGGUUUUUAGUCGCUCACAACCUGAAUUCACCACAGCAGGAAUAGCUGAGGUGUACAAAAUAAAACAACAAAAUCAAUAAUGAAAUGGAGGGGAAUUCUAGAAUUAUAUGCUAAAUGCAUAUUUUAUGAUUUGCUGUAUUAACUGAUGAUAAAACUAAUGGCAGAAAAAAAUUUGAACAAUUCUAUGUAAUGUACAGAUACUAGCAUUGCACAUGUAGUCUGCUUUCUGUUCCUCCAGAAUUUGAGUCCUGUUAAUGUAGUGGAAAAAAAAGAAAUUUUCUUUUUCUUUCGUGCUGGUCUUGCAAGUUUGUCUACCAGUAAGAGAGCAAAGUUUCCUUCCUUUCUUCUUUUUUUCUUCGUUUUCUUUUCUUUCUUUCUUUCGUUCUUUUUUUUUUUUUUUUGCCUUUUUUUUCUUUAAAAUUUCACAUGGCAAAAAAUAAAUAAAUAAAUAAAAUAAAUAAAUGAAGCUAUCACUUUAUAAGAAUCAUUUUCUAGUAAUGCAAACAAAUUAUUUUUUACAAAAAAAAUAAAAUAAAUAAAAUUAGACUUCCUUCCCUCACUAUAUAUCUUUAUUCAGUCAGAAUAUUUCCAAGAACAUUUUUGCAAUUAGAGCAGGAAGAACUUUUCUGUUUACGGUGCACAUCUGUUAUAAUGCAAAACAUAUUUGGCAAGCAGUUCAUCACUAAGAGAGUAGCUAUGAUUCUAGAAGUAAAGAGGUGUCAAUAGAACUAGUGGGGCUUCUGCAUGUGAGAAAUGGUAUCCCAUGGGUGUGAAAGUGCUGAAUGCUCAGUCUGUUCCCCAAGUGGGCACCUGCACUACCAAUUUUUAAAAGAAAUUCACUCCCUCGUAGAAAGAAUUGAAAGGUCAAUUAUUUUGAAGUGAUUUUUUUAAAAACUUCUGUUUAUUAACAGGAAAAUUUAUUUAUUUGACAGGAUUUUAAGUAAUGUAGGAAUACAAGAGGUAAAUUAGCAGCACAUAUAAUUUUUUUUAAAUUUAUGAUCCAUUUUGUAUGGUCUCAAAGUUGGAUGACCUCAUUACUAAUAUUUGUUGUAAAAGUGAAACUUGUUUGCCAACCAAUAAACAACUGAUUGAGAUUUAGAAGA